UCUUCAUCUUACAGUAGUGAGCAGUCCACUAAAGCCAAAACACAAAAGGAAUUGCUGAAAACACUGCAGGAGCUGAAAGCUCACCUUCCUUCUGAGAAGAGAGUCAAAGGCAAAUCCAGUGUCCUAACAACGUUGAAAUAUGCCCUUAAAAGCAUUAAACAAGUUAAAGCCAAUGAGGAAUAUUACCAGCUGUUGAUGAUUAAUGAAUCCCAGCCUGCUGGUCUCAAUGUAUCAUCUUACACAGUGGAAGAAGUGGAGACUAUAACCUCAGAAUACAUUGUGAAAAAUGCGGAUAUGUUUGCUGUAGCUGUGUCUUUGAUAACUGGGAAAAUUCUGUACAUCUCUGAUCAAGCUUCUUCUAUUCUCCGCUGCAAGAGGGGUUAUUUUAAAAAUGCCAAAUUUGUGGAGUUCUUGGCACCUCAGGAUGUCAGUGUGUUCUAUACUUCCACCACCCCAUACAGAUUACCAUCAUGGAACAUUUGCAAUAGAGCUGAGUCUUCCACCCAGGAUUGCAUGGAAGAGAAAUCUUUUUUUUGUCGCAUCAGUGCGGGAAAGGAGCGUGAAAAUGAGAUUUGCUAUCACCCAUUCCGGAUGACUCCUUACCUUAUCAAAGUGCAAGAUCCAGAAAUAGCAGAAGACCAGCUUUGCUGUGUGUUGCUUGCAGAAAAAGUCCAUUCUGGCUAUGAAGCACCCAGAAUUCCUCCUGACAAAAGGAUUUUUACAACUACGCACACGCCAACCUGUUUGUUCCAGGAUGUAGAUGAAAGAGCAGUCCCUCUGUUGGGAUACCUACCUCAGGAUUUAAUAGGAACACCAGUCUUGGUGCAUCUUCACCCAAAUGACAGACCCUUAAUGCUGGCAAUUCACAAAAAAAUUCUUCAGUAUGGAGGGCAGCCUUUUGACUACUCACCAAUCAGGUUUUGCACUAGGAAUGGAGAUUAUAUCACCAUGGACACCAGCUGGUCCAGUUUCAUCAACCCUUGGAGUCGCAAAGUUUCCUUUAUUAUUGGAAGACACAAAGUUAGGACGGGUCCCUUAAAUGAAGAUGUCUUUGCUGCUCCCAACUACACAGAGGACAGAAUCCUUCACCCCAGCGUUCAGGAGAUCACUGAGCAGAUCUAUCGGCUCCUACUGCAGCCUGUACACAACAGUGGAUCCAGUGGCUAUGGAAGUCUGGGUAGCAAUGGUUCACAUGAGCACUUGAUGAGUGUGGCAUCCUCCAGUGACAGCACAGGAAUCUUUCUUUUACUGUUUAGCUUGCAGGAGGUUUGUCAAUACGCCCGUAAGGUCAAGAAUAAAGGACAGCGUAUUUUCACUGACAGUAAAGCAAAACUGGACUAUAAGAAAGAGUCUUUUGCAGAAAAACAAAAUAUUGCUGGUCAGGUGAAAGGUGUAGGGGGAAAGGAUGCUGCAGCAACAGCAGCUCCAAAAAAUGUGACUACUGAAGAGCUGGCAUGGAAAGAACAGCCUGUGUAUUCCUAUCAGCAGAUCAGCUGUUUGGACAGUGUCAUCAGGUACUUGGAGAGUUGUAACGUGCCUGGUACAGCAAAAAGAAAAUGUGAACCUUCAACAAGUGUUGCAUCACUGAGUUCUGGAGUUCAUGAACAAAAAGCAGCUGAUAAUUCUAUCCAGCCAUUGGGAGAUCCUGCUGUGUUGAAGGCAUCUGGUAAAUCAAGUGGUCCCCCAGUGGUUGGUGCUCACUUAACAUCUUUAGCUUUACCUGGCAAGCCAGAAAGUGUUGUGUCUCUCACCAGCCAGUGCAGCUACAGUAGCACCAUUGUUCACGUUGGAGACAAAAAAACACAACCUGAAUUAGAAAUGAUAGAAGAUGGUCCAAGUGGAGCAGAAAUCAUAGAUGGGCAACUUCUCGCCCCUCCAUCCAGCUCUGCGCACAUAAAUCAGGAGAAGGAGCCAUUUAAAAAACUGGGACUUACAAAGGAGGUCCUUGCAGUGCAUACACAAAAAGAGGAGCAGAGCUUCUUGAAUAAGUUCAAAGAAAUCAAGAGAUUUAAUAUCUUUCAAUCACACUGCAAUUACUACUUACAAGAUAAACCAAAAGGACGGCCUGCUGAACGUGGUGGCCGUGGACAAAGAAAUGCCACUUCUGGAGUGGAUCAGCCUUGGAAGAAAAGUGGAAAGAACAGGAAAUCGAAGCGCAUUAAACCACAGGAAUCUUCAGACAGCACAACUUCUGGAGCUAAAUUCCCCCAUCGCUUCCCCCUGCAAGGUUUAAAUGCCACAGCCUGGUCACCAUCAGAGACUUCCCAAGCCAGCUACUCAGCAGUGUCCUUCCCCACUGUCAUGCCUGCAUAUUCCCUUCCUGUUUUUCCAGCAGCAGGGACCGUGCCUCCGGCUCCUGAAACCUCGCUCUCUGGUUUUAAUCACUUGCCAGACUCUGGAAACAGCUGCCCCAUGCAGCCAUCCCAGUUCUCUGCACCCUUCAUGACCCCUGUGGUGGCUCUUGUGCUCCCCAACUACAUGUACCCAGAGAUGAACAAUAACUUACCUCAAACGCUGUACCCCAGCCAGCCCAGCUUCCCUGCCCAUCCUGCCUUCUCCUCACAGACAGUGUUCCCCCCACAGCCCCCCUUUGGCACAGCCAGCCCCUUCCCACAGCAGCCCUUUUUCCCAGCCCAGCCAUUCCAGUACAACCCCCCAGCAGAGCCUGAAAAGGCUCCCGUGGCAGAGCCACGCAACGACCCCUCCCGUUCCUGCACUCCUCAGUCGCUGGGUCCUCAGGACCAGGCUUCACCACCUCUGUUCCAGUCGAGGUGCAGCUCUCCUCUGAAUCUCCUGCAGCUGGAAGAAACCACCAAAACUGCAGAGAGCGGAGCUCCUGCGGGUUUACACGGAGCUCUGGCUGAGGAAGGAGCCAUAGGCAAGAUCAGGACAGUGGAUAACGGCAGUGGGAAGGAAUCCUUACCUGCUGAAUCUCCAAUGGAUGCUCAAAACAGCGAUGAGCUCUCCAUGUCCAGUGUCCUGCUUGACAUUUUACUGCAGGAGGAUGCGUGUUCAGGCACUGGCUCAGCCUCCUCAGGGAGCGGUGUGUCUGCAGCUGCCGAGUCCCUGGGCUCUGGCUCCAAUGGCUGUGGCAUGUCAGGGAGCAGGACAGGUAGCAGUGAAACUAGUCACACCAGCAAAUACUUCGGGAGCAUUGAUUCCUCAGAGAAUCACCAUAAAACCAAAAUGAAGACAGAAAUGGAAGAAAGUGAGCACUUCAUCAAAUAUGUGCUCCAGGAUCCCAUCUGGCUGCUGAUGGCUAACACAGAUGACACAGUGAUGAUGACUUACCAGCUCCCCUCACGGGAUUUGGAAACAGUUUUAAAAGAAGAUAAGCAGAAAUUAAAGCAAAUGCAGAAACUACAGCCAAAAUUUACAGAAGAACAAAAAAGAGAGCUUAUUGAAGUUCAUCCAUGGAUCCAGCAAGGUGGCCUGCCAAAAACUGUUGCUAAUUCUGAAUGUAUUUUUUGUGAGGACAAUAUACAGAGCAAUUUUUAUACUUCAUAUGAUGAAGAAAUCCAUGAAAUGGACCUUAAUGAAAUGAUUGAAGAUAGUGGAGAAAACAACUUGGUUUCUCUGAAUCAAGUCAGUGAAGAACAAACAUAGCCUUUGAGCCUGUUGUUUUGAAAAUUGCUUCAAAACGACAGUGAAGGAUCCAUAAAGGUUUUAAUCUUUUAUCCAGCAGGAUGAAUGCAGUUCAUAAAAGUACAUGUGUUUUUCUUGCUCUAGAAGAGUCAUUUGUGAAUGAAUCUCUUUUUAAAUGGUGGCAAUCUCUUCCCAGUAAGGACAUUGUUGAAGAUGGUAUAACUUUUCUUUAAAAGACUCAUUUUGCACUUACAUGCCUCAAGUAUUUCUUUAUAAACUCUAGAAACUUUCAUUGAUGCCUACUGUUUUUUGUAGAGUGGGUUAAGAAGUGCUGGAAAUCUCCUCACAUACAUACAGUUCUUCAAUCUCCUGGUGAUGAUUCAGCAUUAUAAAUUGUUGAGCAAUUUUGCUUAGUGGCUCUUUAGCAUUGUUCUUAAUAUUUGAAGUGGUCCAGCAUAGUAGAAGAAAUAACCUUCAAGGAAAUCAAUUCACACUUGCCCUUCUCAUACCAGUUGAUCCCAUCCUCUUUGUUUGUCUCCUCUAGUUCUGAAUGUAGGAACUUUUUCUGUCUAAGAGAAAUGUUGAGCUGAUUUUGUGAGAUGGUCUGGGGUUAGAGUUCAUGUUGAUGUGUAAGUGUAGAGGAGUGCUGACAACUUUGUAGCCUUUUCUUUAAAUGGACACUGCAAAACUAUGAACUGUUGAAUACCUUGAAGCAUAAUUUCUGAGAAUUUACACUCAAGAAAUCCUUAUGCUUAAAGAUUUAAAAAACCUAAGACCACGGAGGAUGUCUGGCCAUGCCCCAGUUAGGCAAAGCUUGGGGUAACUUUAACCUUCUUUUCUGACUUGUUCUGUCAGGAGGUUGGCCAUCAGUUUUUCCAAUGUGGCUAAACAAACAUCAAAUUGUGGCAAGGGAGGAUUAGAUGUGUCUUGUCAUUUGAAGAUAGUUCUUCUAAAAAAGAAGUGAUUCUGAGAAUAGUGUUUACUCACUCUAUUCAAUUUACAUAAUCUCAAAUUUAGUGUGGCUGGAGUCCUUUGCUGUCAAAGAUCUCAUUUUAAUGCCUCUGAUUGUAUUGACUUGAAUAUGUGUACUUUAUGUUCUUGUGCUGUUUAUGUCUGUUGGAUGUGGGAAGAGAACAUGAGAGAACAACUUUUAAUAUGUUGGUUAGUUAAAGGACAUUUAGUUGCUGUAUUGCUAGAUGUCAGCUGUAAGUCCUGGGGUGAAAAAUGACGAAAGUUAAUUGAAUUAACUUUGAUAUGUUUGUCUUAAAAUAUUUUUUCUUGGGAAGCAUUUCCUUUUUUAUUAGGGUAACAUUUCUAUUCACUGAAAAUUAAGGUUAUUUUAAUUCUAUACAAAUACUUCUGUUUGUAUACAGAGAGGAUGUGAAUUUACAUUGGCACCAAAAACACAAAAAAGUGACUGGUAUUUGCUUAGUGGAAGAAAUAAUUUGUUCCAAGUAAUUCAUUAUUAGUUGGAAAAUUUGCACUGGAGACAGGUUCUGCAGGUAGUAAAGUGUGUCAGCUUGUGAAACAAGCAGAAUCACGAUUUUAAAAAAUGAAUAUCUUAAAUGUAGUGUGAAGCACUACCCAGCAAGAUCUGAUGCCUGUCUUUAACAGUUCAGCAAGGUCAAACGUAAAUAUUUGUAAAUACAAAGUGAAUGAGAAAUUUUCCAGUGUUGGUGUUCACGUCCGAUGUGUUAAAUGUUUUAAUCAUAAAUGGAACAGUGCAGCUAUACCAACAUAUGAAAUAUAUUUCAUUUUUACAUGGAAACACAAACAUGGACCAGGGUUUGGGAAAAAUAAAAGCUUUAUAUAAAAGGAGUGCAUCAUAAUUAUACAAAUAAUUUUCAAAGACUUCUCAACCACUUUGAACUUCUCUUUGCUUUAGCAUGCUUUUUUUUUCACCCCCCCAUGUCUUUUUUUAUUUAUCCUCAUUUCUUUUAUUAUUUUUUUUUUCAAUGACCAUCUUGUAACCAUAACUUAGUGAAAGGAAGAGAAAAGUAUAUUUAGAGCAUUUUGUGGAUGUGCUUACUUAUGGACUUAAUCUUGCAUCCUUAAAGUGUUUGCAUUUACAGGGUGGUAUUAAAAUAUUUUCCUGUAACUUUAAAUCUACAUGCCUCCAUUUAUAGAUAAGAUUCUGAAGCUGUAAUUUUUCCAAACUGUUGUAAGAUGAUUUAUUUGUGAUGACACUUUGUCAAUAUGUCAACAAUGUUUUCUGUACACUGUGCAAUAUAUUUUGGUUUUGCCACUUGUGACUAAUUUUUAUGACUUUGCUUUUUAGAAAACUGGUAAAUAAAACAGAUAUAUUUUUA